AUGAUGGAGUGCACCCGAUUGGUAGAGCUCCUUUUCGGACGAACCUACCCGGAGCAAACGCCCGCCACCGACCUAGAGACUUCCGGCAUCAUCGCGAAGCAGCCUCUGCGCUCCAGCGAGGAUGCGGCUUCGGAAUUUGUCGACAUACUUCGGACGGCCGAGAAAGGCGGCAAGGAUCUUGAGCGAAGGCUUAAGAACGUUGUGACCGCAAACUCCUGGACGGAAAGCUUCGCGAAGCUUAUCCUCAGCGGUGUCGAGGGCCUCGUCCAACAUCGCGAUACGAUCGGCCAGGUCGUCAAGGAGGCGAUGGACAAAUCGGCCGACCUGGCGCAAGAGAUAUUCGGAUUUGCGAAGGAGCACCCGGUAUUUGUCACCAUCAUUGCGAUUGGCAUUCUGGUUCUCAUUGCCCCUUGGGUGCUUGAGGCAUUGGGAUUCGGUGAACUUGGGCCUAUUGCCGAAACCUUCGCGUCAUGGUGGCAGGCGCGCUAUGCAGGCUUCGUUCCGAAGGGAUCUCUGUUUUCCUUCUUCCAGCGACUGGGUAUGACCUGGAGUUGA